AUGCCCGCGGCGGCAUCUCUGUCUGUCAUCCUGCUCUGUAUGCCUGUCCGCCAGGUGUGGUGGUCUUCACGGUCUUCACUGCCGGCGCCACGUCCGCAUCGCACGGGCCACUUCUCCUACCAGAUCGUCCCCAAGGCCGCAGCGCGGCUUCUGUUGCGUCUGCCGCUCAUGCCAGACCUCUUGUGUGGAAAGGAAAGACCACCACUAACUGCCAGUGAAGUAUGUGGUCAACCUGCCUCCCACCAAGGUCAACGGAAAAAUAGUUGGCGACAAAGGCGCAUCCGGAAAAGUGGUUCUCAAGGUGGUCAGGUACUCUGCAACGUCAUACUAUCACCACUAUGUUCUCCAAGUCUUGAACAUCAAAUCUGA